ACGACGAACGAUUUCAACUUUCAAACCAAAAACGACCGCCAUAAGUGAAGGAGGCAUUUGCAAACCACGGCAAAACGGGAAAAGCACACCUUCGUAAUCGUCAAAGGAAAGAAAAUUUCGGUUUUUUCGGUCGAGUUCGCAGUGUUUGUGGAUUCGUGAUCGUACAGGAAGAUUCCUCCGGAUCCGCGGUGGAAGGAAUAGCAGUGAUUUGUCCGUUUUUCCCAGCGUUGUGAGGAGAAAAUUUGUGGUUUUUGCGGACUCCGAAAGUGGGGCCCGGUGUCGACAUCAUUGUGAAAAAAUGUUCUCCACCAAGAAGGAUAUUGAUCGACACGUAAAAACAUCGCUUGCAAAACUGCCGGAGCAUGAGAAAUUUCUUCGCGGUUUGGCUAUAGCACGGCAGUAUUUCAAACUUGGUGAGUACGCGAGUGCCGAGCACUGGCUCUCCUGUUUCCUGACGGUGCAAGAAGACAGCGCUCCCGGGCACAAACUACUCGGCCAGUGCUACGAGAAGCAGAAGAAGAUUGACAGAGCGAUCACCUCGUAUCAACGAUCGCUCCAGCUGGAUUCCAAGCAAACCGGAUUGAUUACCGAAGUCUGUAAACUCCUGCUAUCGGAUGAUAACUUCAGUAAAAAUCUAUCGAAAGCCAAACACUGGUGCGAUCUGGCGGAAACCGAACGUAUCAACCAUGAAGCCGUACUGAACCUUAAGCUUAAGGUGGCGAACAAGGAUGUGGCCACCGACAAUAAACUGGUCAAGGAGAUAAUUCUCAAAGAAAUCGUUGCCCGUCCUUUGGAUCCGGGCCUUAGAAUACGUCUCGUCAAACACUUUGUCGAUGAGAAAAAGUUGGACGAUGCCUUCAAAUACUGCUAUGAUAUUGAAAUGAAGUUUACCGAAACGUUUCAACAGUCGAUCGAAUGGGCCAACGCUAUCUCUUCCAUGUUGACCAAGUACGUAGAAGUAAACGCAAACACUUACCAAUCCAAUUGGAGCUAUUGGCUUCUUUCUACUCUGACUCUUGAUCGUCAAAUUUAUCUCAACCUGUUGGCCGAUUCGUCGCUUCAAGCCAUCAAACAAAACAAUCUAAAAGAAAUAGCCACCCUCAUAUUCGAACUAGAUCAAAAUCUUAGAAAAUUUUCCGACAAAGGACGUAACGCAUGUCCACAGAAACAACUCGCUGAUGAAUUCAUUCGUCACUACCGGGGCCAGCUGUUACUCCACUCGUCCUCCCUACUCUUCAAGCACGAGAAACAGGGCAGCGGAAAAGCACGCGACGUUACGGCCAAAUGUUUGCCGUUGCUGUUCCUAGCAUACCAGUGUGGCGUUCCGGAUUCGGAUGAACCAUGGCUGAAGCACACCAAUGACACCACUCGGCAGCUGAUGGGCUACUGGAACAAGCAGGCCGCGUUCCGGUGCUGCCAGGCCGGCGGAACCAUUUUGUCGUGCAUAGACGAAAGUGUUGAUGCCUCGGUGAUUGCUCAGAUCCAGAGUGUGACGGAAAGCAAGAUUUGGAACACGGCGGAAGAGCUGGUUAACCAGGUUCGUCAGUUUUGCUCCGAUGUCAGUUGGAAGAAGAGCGUGUUCCGCACGUUGUACAGCAAUAACGGCGAUCAGGUGUCCAAGAUGUCGUCUUCCUACUUCAUGCAAAGUGGAUCCAUCGGGGAGCCUCAGUAUGUGCUUCCCAAGCGAGAGCACAUGCAAAUGUAUCUGGAGAUUGCCCAAUACCUGUUUCCGUCUUCGUUGGCCUACCAGGUCUAUUUGGGCCUCGGAGUGGAAGAUCUGUCCGAACUUAAGUGUAAAUCGUUCAACGGACUCAACUUCUCCACCAACAAUUUGGACAACUGUAGCGUGGAAACGCUGAACCAGCUGGAUGUGGACUCAUUCCUCUAUUGUUCAAUUUUGGUUGCCAGAAGUUGCAUGGAGAGCGAAAAGAAAUACCAAGACAAAAUCGACACGGGGAAACCUUUGAUCCUGCCUGCACCUAACAUGAUGCCAACACUUUGUGAGGAGAAUAAGGUCGACUGGUGGAACGCUGCUUGUGCGGUUUUCAAGAACACCAAAAUGGAAAACUUAUCGUCUAACAAACAGCUGCUUCAGCAUGGCAUUCAGGCAGUGCGAGGAACGGGAACUCCAAUUACGGACGUUAUUGUCCUGUUGAAGCUGGGAAAGAUUCUGGCGAAGAGAGUGAAUUCCACCAUGCUACCGGAAGAACGUCGUCAGUUGGAGCUAAGAACGGAAUGUGUUUAUAAGGCGGGGGUGUUAUUGUGGAAAAUGCGUAAUGAAGCGUCGUUUAGCAGCACGAACAUCUUCUUCAAGUACGGAAUUGACUCGUUUGAUUGCAGUCAAGAGGCAGUUAAGCUUGCUGAAGAUGCUCUUACCUAUCUGGCCGGUGUCUACUUCAAGCAUGGGCGAUACGAGGAGUUCACGCAUGAUUUUGGCGGAAUACCACUACCUUUUGCGGCUUAUUUCAGGGCUGAAGCGUUCAAGAAAUUGGACGAAUCGAGUAAAACUCCGCUGAAGACCAAGAAGUUUUAUAGUGAAAGGGCACGAGAUUGUAUGAAGCAAACGCAAAAGUAUCUAGAGCUUCCCUACAUUGAGAAAAGUCAUCCGUUGCACUUUGUGGUUCACAGUGAAAUGAAACGCUUGCAGUUCAAUGAGUCUAUGGAUGGAAGCUUGAACACGUCUUUGAAUGGCUUUGGAGCCGCUGGCGGCGUUGACGAUAGCGAUCACUUCCAAUCGUUCAGCUCUUCGACCAAUACUGGAUUGAACAGAUCGGAACGUGAGGCAGCGAACAAUUUCACGGUUAAGACCAAUGAGCUGGAAAAUCUGAUUCGCAAGAUGAUGGAAACUCUGAAUAUUGUAAAGGAAGACGUGUUGAACAUCAGGAACGAUGUGGGUGAUAUGCAGGAGCGACUUGUUAAAAUUGAAGAGAACAUCUAUAAAAAGCCAACAGAAGAUGAAGCAACCAGAGCAGCAUCUGUGCUGAAUGAUUUGUACAUUUUGGAUGAACUUCAAAACCCUUCAUACGGAAAUCAAUCGGCCUAUAAUCAACAGAUGCAACAAUUGACUCCUAAUCUGGCCCAAUCACACAAUCGUUUGCCUCCAACACAUCCUGCAGCCGCAGCUGCUGCAGCAGCAGUCGCUAUGCAGCAAUCAAAUGCUGCCUAUCAACAGUUUUACAACACUUCGUAUCCAAUGUACAUGCAACAGUACGCUCAACAAGGAAGAGCACAAAUGGGGGCAGCAAUCGCUUCCCCAAUGCACACUUAUCCCGACAAUAAUCUGCUCGUUCAAGCAUCACCGGCCGCUUACUACCAACAGCAACCAACUCUCCCACCUGUUGCAUUGCCUACCCAACAGCAACAAAUUCCAGUCGUCACUCCUAAAGGUACAUCCCUGAUUGAGCAAGCUCUUCAAACACCAACUCUUCUCAACACCUGGAAUUCCACCUACAAUUCUACUAUUCCAGCAGUUUCAAUGGCUCCUCCAACUCCUUCCGGUCCAACUCCGUUGGAGAAAGCAGCACCCGUCAACGUUGUGAUAACCAACUCCGAUCCUUUGCCAACUAACAUCUCUGUGGGAACAACUCAACCAACCUACAGCGUAACGAUUCCACCGCAGCACAUCAAGCACAGCGUAGUUAGCAAUACUCCAUCCGUUGCUUCCAUCGUUCCUCCAUCUGCACCGGCUUCGGGUAUUGAAAAUAUCUCUCCGGUUGAACAACAGCCGAUUAACACCAAAUUCCCAAUUCCAGCUCCGAAGGCCACUCUGCCUACAAUUACGCCUGGAAUGUUCAGUCAAAGCAUCAUCGCUUCAGCAACGACCACCACUGCGGAAGCUGAGGACAACGAAGACGACGAUGAUGAUACCGCCAAUGUGUCCGGAGAGUACGAUCCUCGACCGGACUUCAAACCUAUCAUCGCACUUCCCGACGAAAUUGAGGUGAAAACCGGCGAAGAAGACGAAGAGCAGAUAUUCUGCGGGCGGUCCAAACUGCUGCGCAUGGUCGACAGGGAAUGGAAGGAGCGAGGUCUAGGCGAUUUGAAGAUCCUCAAGAGCAAAACUGAUCCGACCAAGUACCGGAUUGUUAUGAGGCGGGAUCAGGUUCACAAGAUUGCCGCCAAUCAUUCUAUUUCGCCGGAGCUGAUCAUCAAACCGAUGGAGAAGAACAACAAAUGCUACACCUGGGCUGCAAUGGACUUUGCCGAUGAGGAACCCAAGAAGGAGACGUUCUGCGCUCGUUUUGCUAGCGCCGAACUGGCCAAAGAAUUCUACGACAAGUUCAACGAGGCUAAGAACGAAAUCAUCAAACUGAAGAAACAAAAGGAGGCUUCAUCGACCUUCGCGUUCAGUACUCCCAAGCCCGAUACCACUUCAACCCCUGUCUCGAAGCCAGCGUUCUCAGCCGUACCAUCGACUAAACCCAUUUUCGGCGCAGCCGCAAGCUCUACCACACCUGCAACGACUUCAUCAAGCACUUCAACGCCCUUCCAAGGCUUCACAUUCGCUAACAGCUUUGCACCGAAAGCCCCGGCAGCAACCGUCGAGGAAAAACCAAAAGAACCGACCAAACCAAGUCCAUUUGCUUCGUUUAGUUUCGGUGCUAAUGCACCGAAUGUGACCACCACUCCCUCAACGAUCCCCGCCAAUUUGUCAACCGGGCAGAAAUCGUUCACCGACAUCUUCAGUAGCCUGAACAAGCUCGCUACUCCUCCUUCGGUUACGUCCACUCCUAUCACCGCAGUCAAAACCCCAGAGCAACAGCCCUCGAAUGCAUCCGUCAGUGAAGACGUGGUGGAAGAAUUCGUUCCUACCGCGGACUUCAAGCCGGUCAUACCCCUGCCCGAACUGGUGGAGAUAAAAACCGGCGAGGAAGGUUUCGAUUGCGUUUUCGAGCACCGGGCGAAAAUCUUACGCAUGGAUAAGGAAGCCAAGGAAUGGAAGGAACGCGGAAUCGGCAACAUUCGCGUCCUGGUCAAGAGAGACGAUAACAAUACUGCGCGACUGCUGAUGCGACGAGAACAGGUGCUGAAACUGUGCUGCAAUCAACUGAUCACCAAGGAUUUGAAGUUCGCUCCAAACGAAAAGAACAAUUCUCUGACCUGGAUCGGGCACGACUAUUCCGAAAAUGAAUUGGUCGUCGGAACGUUUGCCAUUCGGUUCAAAACGGCUGACAUCUGUAACGAUUUCCACAACAUCAUCAAGAAGGUUCAAGCUGCCAUGGGAGACAAACCGCAGAAAGAGGAUAAGAAAGAAGACAAGAAACCUGAACAGAAAGGCUUCGGAGACAAGUUCAAACCUAAGGCCGGGUCGUGGACUUGCGAGUCCUGUUAUGUGACCAACAAAGCCGAUGAUGUGUACUGCAUGGCUUGCAACAGUCCUAAGGAUUCCACAGUUCCGAAAAAGGAAACCAACCUGCUGGACAGUUUGUCGAAAACAACAAGCAAGUUCACGUUCGGCGUCCAGCCAGCGGCGGAAGCACCUAAAUUCAGUUUUGGUGUCCCUGCAACAUCUGCCACUGCUCCUGCCCCUGCCAAGAUCGCUGAAGCACCCAAAAAAGAUCAACCUGCUUCAUCAGGCUUCGGCGAUCAGUUCAAACCGAAGGCCGGGUCUUGGUCUUGUUCUGGAUGCUACAUCAACAACAAAGCCGACGAUCUGUACUGCUUGGCUUGUGAUACCCCGAAAGAUUCUACAGUUCCUAAAAAAGAGAACAAAGGAGUCCUCAGCGCUGGCGGAGAUGCCCCGAAGUUCACAUUCGCUUCCGGUGGUGGUUUCUCGUUUGGAACCCCAGCUGCAACGUCCACUACUUCCUCGGUUAGCAGCACCAGCAGCGUUGUGACGACAACAGCCACCACAGGAGGCUUCAGUUUCGGAUCGACUCCCGGAUCUGGAUUUUCGUUCGGAACACCCCUCUCCAAACCCUCAGCAACAUCAACAACGGUCCCCGAAGAAGUUCCCGCUGCUACCGUAACAUCCACAACCACCACAACGAGCAGUUUCAAGUUUGAACUCCCCAAGCCGACAAUGUCUUUUGGGCCCUCGCCCACCAAACCAACGGCGGUGGAUACGACCCCCAGGUUGGCAGCGCCGGAAAAACCUACCUUUGAGUUUGUUUUCAAACCCAAAUCGCCCGGGAAACCGAAGAGUCCCGGGCGUACGCUAAGCACCGGCUCCGCCAACGAUGACGGCGAGUGCGAGGGCGAGGUUGAGGAAUGUGCCGAGGAAGAGAACAACACCUACUUCACGCCUGUGAUUCCACUUCCGGACAAGGUUGAUGUUAAGACCGGCGAAGAAGAUGAGGAUGUGCUGUAUUCGCACAGGGCUAAAUUGUUCCGCUUUGUGGACAAGGAGUGGAAAGAACGAGGCAUCGGUGAUGUUAAAAUUUUGAGGCACAAAACGAAUGGAAAGCUGAGAGUGGUUAUGCGUCGUGAUCAGGUGUUGAAGAUUUGUUUGAACCAUGCGUUGGACGAAGAUAUUCAGUACCAGAAGAAGGACGAUAAAUCGUGGCAUUUCAUAGCGAACGAUUUCUCAGAAGGUGUAUUCGAGUUGAUGCACUUCUCGUUGCGUUUCAAAAAUGCCGAAAUUGCGAACGACUUCAAGAGUGCCGUCGACAGAGCUCUUUCGGGUGAGGCAACGAAGAUCGACUCGCCAGUGAGCAGCAAGUCCGACACUGCAUUCAACGCAACUCUGGAUUCUACCAUUUCGACGCCGAUGAGCAAUCUGAACUUCUCGCAACUGAGCGAUAUUUCGCUGAAUGACAAGGAACUUCUUGACAAGUACAAACUGCCGGCAAACUUCUUCGAUAGUCCCAAACAACCGUGUCCCGGUUGUCGGGGUUGUGAUCCGGACAGCUUCGUUUUCCCAACGUAUGACCUUACUGUGAACAAAGAUCUCCUGGACGAGAAACCACUGCCGAUGAAUGUGAACGACGUGAAGCAGUUACCUAUUACGAGAAAAAUUACACGGUCACCGAAAAAAGUAAGUUUUUCCGAAUCCGGUGAAAGCCAGAAAGUGAAUAACCUGUUCGGAUCGAUAUCGACGGCAACAUCCACCGGCAAAACUGAGAGCAAGUCAUCGCCUUUCUCCAUCAGUAGUUUUGUGACGGCUGAAAAACAAUCGUCUGCAGCAACGAUAUUCGGAGCCGCAGCGAAACCAGCGGCGGUGGAACAGUCCACUCCAAAAUCAAUUUUCGGAGGUUUUGCCUCCGGAGCUAGCUCAGGCACGCCCAGUACCGGAUCAAUUUUCUCAUCUUCCCUCAACACAACUCCCAAAUCCGCACUUCUACCAUCGCAAGCAGACAAAUCCAAGUCUCCGGUGUUACAACCUUCGGUAUUCGGUAGUGCAGCCCCCGGAGGAUCCGCUUUGAAUAAAUCGGCCGAAGGUGUUCAACUUUUCGGUUCCAGUUUUGGACAGAACACCUCCAGCACAAAUAUCUUCGGAGGAACGCCUACCUCGACAACGAAGUCGGAAACUUCCACUACCACUACCCCUGUCAGCAGUAGUAUAACGACAACUCCUGCAUUUGGGUCAACCGGAAGUGGCAACAUAUUUGGUGGAUUUGGAAAUACUACCUCAACGCCCACUUUCACUGGAUCACUUUCCACAAGCACAAAUGUUAUCAGUGGAUUUAGCUUUGCCGAUGCUGCUAAAGGAUUUGACAAAAAAUCCAGUACUGCUGAGCCUGAUCUCCUGAAAAAGAUGGAAACGGGCGUUAGUUUUGCAUCGCUGGCCACUGGGACAUCAGGAAACUUUUUGACCAAACAGAGUGCACCGAACAGUGGAUUCGUAGGUUUGACCGUGAAGGAAGAUAUCUUUACCAGAAUGGCCAACAAGAGUAAAAACGACAGCACCGGAGAGAAUGACGAUAAAGAGGAAGCGGCCGGGGGUGACGAGAAUUACGAUCCGCACUAUGAACCCAUUAUUCAGUUACCAGACGAAAUCGAGGUAAGAACAGGCGAAGAGGACGAGACAAAGCUGUUCGGCGAUAGGGCGAAGCUGUACCGAUUCGAUGCGGACACGAAGGAAUGGAAAGAACGAGGUGUCGGUGAGCUGAAAAUAUUGUACCAUCCUGCCCGGAACAGCUAUCGGAUGCUGAUGAGACGAGAGCAAAUUUUCAAACUUGUUCUAAACCACGCAAUCUCCAGCGACCUGCAAGUGACGCCGAUGAACAACUCAGGCAAGGCAUUCAUCUGGGGUGCCAUGAAUCAUGCUGAAGAGGGACCUCAGCUGGAGAAACUGGCAGCACGAUUCAAGAACGAGGACAUUGCCAGCACCUUCAGGACCGUGCUGGAGCAAUGCCAGGAAAAGCUCCGCCAAAAGCCAGACCUUGAACCAGACCAGGACUAAUACAACGCCUCUGCUGGACGUGAGUAACCAUCAAAAGAAAAGUAGUUAUUAUAUUUAUGUGUAUAAUUAUUAUAUAAUUGGUAAUGAGUUAAACCGUGCUCGUCACAUUUUAUGUACAUUUUUUAAGAUUCUUUCGAUAAAGCCCUUCCAAACUCGUUUUUCCGUUGACUUUUGGCAAGGUUGUUGCAUGUCAGAUCGAAUUAUGAAACCUUUUUGCCCGCAGAAGGCACACAUCUCGCUAACUAGAAAUGGAAGCCUUUCAUGGGAUCACGUUGUAAACGUUUAGAUUAAGACCUUACAGUAAUCUUACAG